GCAGUAAUGUACCUCAACGCUGUGUGCCAUCCGCCGCCAUAAACUGAAACCAGAACCAGAAGAAGAAGUUAGCUUUGCUCAGACAAGCUAAUCAUAGUAUCUAGAUCAAAUUUUAUUUUCCAUUUAAGUACUGUAAUCAUAUUUCCAAGACAACUGUGAAUCGAAAAGAGUUGCUAUGGAAGUGGAGGAGUUCAAGCCAAGCAUGCAGGAGCUGAAGAGCUCAGAAGUCAGUGUAGAAAAUGAUAAUGCUGCCAUGGAAGUGGAUGAAGUCAAGUCAAACAUGCUGGACCUGGAGAGCUCAGAAGAUGGCAAAAGUCAUGAGAAUGGAAGUGUUCCAAAAAUAUCGUAUGAGUUCCCAUCGUCUCAAUAUGCCACUCCCAGCCAGCCAGCAUGUGUUCAGAAUGGCGCUGACUGUCUGCAUCUGCAGAAAGAAGCCGUUGUGGUUUUAACUAGACUUCCUGAACACGUUAUCAGUGCCCUGCAGUCGCCAAAGACCGAGGAGGUGUACAGCGAUGCCGAGUCGUGGAUGGAGGCUGAAUCCGAUACUCUGUGGGAACCGGGGGAUGAUUCAGAUGAUUCCGAUGCCCCACGCUCCAACAACAAUCGAAAAAUCCUUAAGGUGAAAAAGAGCGGCACAUCAGAAAAGCCCAAACGGGCUGUGAGCAGUAACAGCACAAGUUCAGAGUUUGUGAUAGUGGAUGAGUCCAAAACAAGCGUUCCAGAGCCCAAAUCUAGCGUGCCGGAGCCCAAAUCUAGCGUGCCGGAGUCCAAAUCAAUCGUGCCGGAGCCCAAAUCAAGUGUUCCAGAGCCCCAGAAGUCCAAGGACGGCGUAGACAACAAUAACGUUUCUUCAGCAGCGAAUGCAGGCACCUCUAUUAUAUCAACCUUCAUGGGACACUGCAACGAGGAAACCAAAAAUGUCCGGCCUAAUUUGCCGGAGAAAGAAGUCUCUCCGGGCAUGAUGAUCAUAGCCAGGAGGAGGGCCAUGGAGUGGAAGCGGGGCAAAAUCGCAGAGAUAAUUACAAAAGAAGACGGACGGUUAAAAUACAAAGUCGUUUUUGAAGAAAAAGGCAAGAGUCUCGUAUCGGGACAUCACAUAGCCUUCGACUUCACGACCCGGCUGGUGGAGCUGUACAUCGGCGCCCGCGUUGUGGUUCAGUCCCAGGAGGACGAGCUUUGCUUCCUGCCUGGAGUUCUGGGCGAACUCCCCAACAGAAAGAACCGCUUAAGGUUUCUGGUUUUUAUAGAUGAUCACACACCAGUUUAUGUUGGUUUACCUUCACUUCAUCUCGUGUGCAGACCGCUGGAUAAUGUUUUGGAUGACCUUCCGAGCGGCAUUCACAAGUAUUUCAUAGCACAGUAUUUAAAGAGAUGGCCAUACCCCCAUUUAACACGCUACAAAGUGGGGCAAACCAUUACUGUAGAUGUGAACGGAGUCCCAGAGAAAUGUGACGUCCACAGCGUGGACUGCAGCUUGAUUUUGGUCGUUUAUCAGCAUAAUCAGAUGCGAGAGUGGAUUCACAGAGGCUCCGUACGAUUGGAACACAUAUUCAAGUUGUUGAAAAUGGACGAACAGACAAAGCUGAGCACUGAAGGGGUUCCAAAGACCAAUAGCUAAACGAAGGCCUCGCCGAGCGAAGAGAACAUUUGGCCGAAUCCGAAUUGCUUCCCUAACCCUACGGCUUCUCCCUUCAUUUUCCCUUCAAGACGAAAGACAUGGAAAAAAUUGUAUCUUCAAAACUUACGUUUAAAUACAAACUGCAGCUCAUCCUUACAAAAACAUCACUAUAGCUUCAAAUGCCCCAACAAUUAAACAAUAGGGAGGAGCCAGAAAGGUAGGGAAGCAAUUCGGUCUAGAGCAAAGAAAAAAAAAAAUCAAGCAUGACUCUUCUAACUUGCUUUGUGAAUUUAUUUUUCCGGCCUCUCGUUUGAGGCUAAAUAUCUAAUAAAGCAUUCAAAUUUUGUAUCAAAAUCCACAAUUUUGUUUAUACAAAGAACUUUUACUUGUAAAGCUGUACUGUAGACUUCUAAAGUUGUCCAUAUGAGGUUGACAUGUUCCCCAAAUGCAAAAAGUUUUGUGAGAAGGCCCAACCGUUCCUUUGAGUUAGCGUGUUUUCUCCAUGCGGUUAAAAAAAAAAAUGCUUCGUUGAUUGACUGAUGACUCCAAAUUGUCAUUUGGGUGUGAAAGUGUGUGGUUCUUCGAUGGACUUGGACUGGUGAUGUGAGCUAAAGUAACCCUCGAGACCCUGACGGAACCACGGAUAGAAGGAAAAAGCUUCAUUUCUACUGUUACCUUAAAUACUAUGUCUUUAUUUUAGUUCUCAGUUCUUUAAAUGAUGAUUUUUUUUUAACCAACUCAUUUCAAGUACUCACGUUUUCUUUAUCACAUUUUUAUUAUUCUGUUUAUUUUGAAAUAAAGAAGUUUCUCAAUAUGUUUCUGCUUUGCUGCUUUUAUGUAAUUCUGUAUCUACUGUACAAUACUGAUGUAAAUUAAAAUUAGCCUGCACAA